AUGGGCAAGGACAAAAAACGUAUGACCGAGAGGAUACUCAAUCUCACCCUGGAGAUCAUCUACCUGCUGACUGGUGAGGACUACACGUCAAUGAAGACAUCUAGCGCAUGUGUGACCCCCAGCAGCUGUUCCUGUGUGUCAGGAGGAUGGGGCAGGAACCAGAGUCCAAUCUUGAAGCCUCCACUUGAUUCACUGAUACAUGAGAGAAGCAAUGAUGAGAAGAUCCUAGAACUCGCCAGCAAGAUCAUUGAGCUGCUGACUGGAGAGGUUCCUAUAAGGUGUCAGGAUAUUACUGUCUAUUUCUCCACGGAGGAGUGGGAUUAUUUAGAAGGUCAUAAGAAUCUCUACGAGGACAUCAUGAUUGAGAAUCACCAUCCCAUGACAUCACUGGAUGGAUCCUGUAAGAGAAGUCCACCAGAGAGCUGUCACUCCAGUUCUCUGUUCUCUCAGGGUUGUCCAGAAGAAGCUCACAGUGACUCACAAGAUGAUCAGGGUGAAGAUCAAACUUAUAUUAAAGUUGAAGUUAGAGAAGCAGAAGAGACAUAUGUGAUGGGAGGUCAGCAGUAUAAGGAAGAGAAAAAUCCUGUAGAUAUCAUCACAGACUGCUUUAGGAACAAAGAUACAGUGGCGAUGUUGGAGAACAGAUUCUUAAUUGAAGAUGACUGCACUAAGGACUCGGAGAGAUAUCUCCUUUUAUCUCCACACUAUGAAACAGAAGAAAACUGUACCUCACAAGAUAUAUCUGAAGAACAUCACAAUAGCCAUCAAAUAACCCGAGUCAGUCACAGCAAAGUGCUAUCAAUCGAUCCUGAGAACUCACCUAGGGGAGAAGACGUUUUCAUGUGUCACAUGUGGGAAAUGUUUUACCCGGAAAUCGGCUCUUAUUGAACACAAGAAAAUUCACUUAGGAAAUAAGCCAUUUUCAUGUCCAGAAUGUUUCAAAACUUUUAUCCAGAAAGCAUCUCUGGUAGAACAUCAGAGAAUUCACACAGGGGAGAAGCCAUUUCAGUGUCCAGAAUGUGGCAAAUGUUUUACCCAAAAACCUGGUCUUAUUAACCAUCAGAAAAUUCACACAAUGGAGAAGCCAUUUUCAUGUUUGGAAUGUGGGAAAAGCUUUAAGCGAAAAGAUAACCUUGAAAGACACCAAAGAAUUCACAGAGGAGAGAAACCUUUCUGCUGUUCAGAAUGUGGGAGAUGUUUUAUUCAGAGAUCAGAUCUUUUCAAACAUCAGAGA